UCCGUACCGGCAAACCCCUCCCAAAAAUGGAAAUUUUACAGGAACACCCUCCACUAAGACUUUUUUCCUUUUUAGGCAAGAGAGAGAAAUGGAGAUUCCUCCAUUUCCAUCUUCUAUAAUAUAUGGGUAUGUGGCUCUUUGAGAAAGAAAGAGAGAGAUGGGGAGAGGAAAGGUAGAAGUAACGAGGAUAGAGAAUCCGAUGCGAAGACAGGCGUCUUUCUAUAAAAGAAGAGACGGUCUCUUCAAGAAAGCCAAAGAACUCUCUAUACUCUGCGAUGCUAACCUUCUUUUGCUUGUAUUUUCCUCUUGUGGAAAGCUCUACGAGUUUCGCAGUCCUUCCCAUCUUAGUGUUGAGACGUUUAUAGAGAAGUAUGAAAUGGCCCACCAAUCAAAGGCUUUGGAUGAUAAAUGCACGGGAAAAAGUGCAAACGUUAUCGAAGCCGAGAAACUAGUGGACCAGCUACAGAGAAACGUGCGAUUCCUGACGGGAGAUGAGAGUGUAUGCCAUUCCUUGCCCGCGUUGAAGUUCGUCGAGCAAAAUCUAGAGGCCACAAUCUGCCGUGUUCGGACGGAGAAGGAUAGAAAGAUCAGAGAAGAGAUGGCCCACCUUGCCAACAUGGAACGGCUGCACCUGCGAGAAAGAUACCAUCUAUGUACAAAGGCUUGAGUUAAACACGGAUUGCUUUCCAGCGCCAGGAGUGUAAGGUUUGAAUUAGAAUUUCUCAAAUUUUAAGGCCAUAACAUUGGAGAGAGUGUUUUGUAUGUUUUUUUGAAGUUAUUUGCAUUUGCAUAGACAUGGACACUUACUCAAAUUGGAUAGUGUUCUUGAGGAAUUAUGGGGCCCACAUUCAUCAGAUUUUUUUAUGUUCUUUAGGAUCA